UGCACUGCGACGCCGUCCCUGGGUCUCCUCCGCGCUUUGUGCGCACUGCAUCCUGGGAGCUGUAGUCUCUUUGCGUCACCGGAACCAGCCCCCAGCCAGGCUCUAGGCUAGGCAGUUGGGCCGACGCUUCCGGGCCGCGACUUUAAUGGCAAAUGAGUACCUUGCACGGGUGGGCACACCACCGAGCUGCUGAGGCUGCUGGGCCACCUGUCCGCCGCCUACGCUCCCAGACACUACGUCCUCGCCGACACCGACGAGAUCAGCGCCCAGAAGAUACAUGCCUUUGAGCUCAGUCGAGCUGAUAGAGACCCCAGCGGCGUGACAGGCCGGGGCUGCUGUGUCGCACGGAGGCUGGGAACAGGAGGAGACCCGUGGGGACGGCCAUGGGGCAGCGGUUGGAUGUGAAAGGAGAGGAAAUGGAAUUCCCAGACAGACGGUGUGGGACGGGAAGGAGAGAGGAGGCAAGCAGAGCCCGGGCCCGUGGUCGGAGCGGUGGUGAGAUCGGGGCGCCCUCCCUGACCCGGGCGCUCCGCACCUCUCUCCCCACCGAACAGGCCCCUCCGCCCGCCCGGAGAUGCCCGCCAGGCCCGCAGGCGCCCCGGUACUUCCUGCACCGCAUCCCCCGGAGCCGCGAGGUCCGGCAGCCCUGGCUGACCACGGUGCUCACCACGCUGCACGCCGCCUGCCUCUCCCUGCCGCUCACCUUGCGCGUGCGGCCGGACCUGGUGCUGUGUAACGGGCCGGGGACCUGCGUGCCCGUGUGCGCGGCGGCCGUGCUGCUGGGCGUGCUGGGCGUGAAGCGCGUGACCCUGGUCUACGUGGAGAGCCUGUGCCGUGUGGAGCACCUGUCGCUGACCGGCCGCCUGCUGCGCCCCUUCGCCGACUACUUCCUGGUGCAGUGGCCGGCGCUGAAGGCGAAGUACCCCUCGUCCGUGUACCUGGGCCGCAUCGUGUGACCGGGGCGCCUGCUCCGGCCACGCGCAGCCACGCUGCACACGCGUGGGGACGAGCCCGCGCCUUUGUGGUAGAGCAAGCAUGUCAGACUCUGCCCGGCUGAUGCGGGUUAUGUAAGAAACGUCUUAAUAACAAUCUUAACUGGCCUCAGCUGGUUUGGCUCAGUGGCUAGACUCGCAGGGGUCCUCAAACUUUUUAAAGUGGGGGCCAGAUCACGGUCCCUCAGAGAGCUGGAGGGCCGGACUAUAU